AUGAUCAAACGCCUGCUCCCCCCAGAUGCGCUCCCCUGGGCGGCACUAGCGGGGGGUGCGGUGGCAGCCGCCGCGAUGGCAGCAGCAGGGCUGCGCAACCGACAAAUGGCCCAAGGCCAGCAGCAGCAGCAGAUGAUGCCGCAGCAGGAGCAGCAGAUGCAUCCCGGGCCUGGUUACAGCAACCACCACCACCGCAACCAAGCAUGCGACGGCGCCCAGCCUCUGCCCACCACGGCCAGUGCUCUGGAGCAGGGAUUGAAGCGCCUCUCUCUCGCAGCCGCUGAGAAGCAAGCGCAAGAGCCCGGAGCUGGACACGCAGCUGCUGCAUCUACCUCUGCUGCUGCGGGCAGUGCGGGCGGCACUAGUGCUGAAGGCGCUGGGGCUGAUAGCGGUGGUAUCGGUAGUGGUGGUGGUAGUGGUGGUGACGGUGCUGCUGGUGGUGGGUCGAGUGGUGCUGCUGGUGAUGGUGCUCUGGCUGUUCCAAACUCGAGUGAGGAAGAGGAGAAAAUCGUAUCCCCCGCGUCUGUGCUCCGUUCUAGAGGCAGUGCUGACGAAACGGGGCCGUCUCGGUGCAAGACUGAGGGAACGGGGCGUUCUAGGGCUUAUUCCUUCCCACAGUCGUCGUUCCAGCAGUCGCCUACUCCAAGGCCCACCCCUGGGUCUAACGCGUCUCGCCCGCGUUCGUCUGACGGAUCCCUCUGCUCGCACCUGUCCCCGCUGCCCUCCCCUGCCGUCGGUAAGCCGCUGGCAUCCGCAGGCCUGAGCAGCGCGGAGCUGGGCUCUCCUGCUGUUGGUAAGCCACUGGCAUCCGCGGGUAUGAGCAGCGCGGAGCUGGGCUCGCAGCAUCCGCUUCACAGGCCCCUGGGAGCAGCGAGUGCGAGCCGAGCAGAGGUGCUGCGGCUAAGAGGGCAGCUGCGGCGGCGGGACGAGAUGAUAUUCUCGAUGCAGACGCGCAUGGGGAUGCUGGAGGAGGAGAGGCGGAGGGCGGAAAGGGAGUCUGUGAAUGCUGUUGCGGCUGCUGCGGUGGCGAGGGAGGAAGCAGGGGAAGCAAGAGUGCAGCUGCGGGAGAGGGACGAGAUGAUUGCUUCGAUGCAGGCGAGGAUGGGGGCGUUGGAGGGGGAGAGGAGGCGGGCGGAGGGGGAGAUUGCGAGGGCUGAGGCAGCAGUGGCGGCGGCAGAAGCGGCAAGAGCAGCGGAAAGAGCAAGCGCGGCAGCAGCAGCUGCGGAGCUGCAGAAGCGCGAGGAGAUGAUUGUGUCCCUGCAGGCGAGAUUGGUGAUGCUGGAAGGGGAGAGGCGGCGAGCGGAAGAGCGGGAGACCGCGAGUGCUGCAGCAGCUGCGGCUGCCCGGGGGGAAGCGGGUGCUGCUGAGAUUGAGGCUCUGAAGGGGCAAUUGCAGGAGAGGGAGAGAGUAGUGGAGGAGAGUGGGAAGAGGGCGGAUGAGAGUGAGAGGAGGGUGGGAGAGAGUGUGGGGAGGGCAGUGAUGUGGGAGGAGAGGGCGAAGGAGGCUGUUGCUGCACUGGAAAGCAAGGCCAAGGAACUAGAAUCAUCACAGCAGGAGUUAGAAUCAGCACAGCAGGCACUGGAUUUAGCACAGCAGGCGCUGUCUUCUGCGCUGGAGGAACUUGCCGUGGUCCGUGCUGCUGCCGCAGCAGCUGAGGCGAAGGCGGUAGAGGGAGAGACAGGGAGUGAAGGCGCAGCGUUUGUUACUCUCGCUGCAAGUGCUGCUGCUGCUGGUGAAGGUUCUGGUGCUGGCGGUGCAACUUCUAUAAGCAUUUCUUUGGCCCACCCGACCAGUCCUUCUGAUUCUGUGCAGCUGACAGAGCGACAGCUGGAGGACAUCCGGGCCUUGCUGGCGGAUUACCGAACCUUGGAGUCCGCCCUGGCGGAGGCUCGGGAGGAGUGCCGAGCCUUGGCGGCAGCUAAGGAGGAGGGCGAGCGGGCGAUGGCACAGGCGCUGGCGGAGCAUGCAGAGAUGGUGGAGGAGGUGGCAAGAAUGGAAGGGGAGAUUAAGAGAUUACGGGAAGGGGAGGAGGCGAGGGUGGGUGAGAUGGCGAGAAGGAUGGAGGGGGAAGUGAGGAGUCUGAGGGAUGAGUGCGGGGCGCUGGCAGCGGCUAAGGAGGAAGGGGAGCGGGCGAUGGCACAGGCUUUAGCAGAGCAUGCGGAGAUGGUGGAGGAGGUGGAAAGAAUGGAAGGGGAGAUUAGGAGAUUAAGGGUAGAGGCGAAGGAGAGAAGUGGAGCAGAUGGUGUAGCGACAGUUCCUGGCCUGUGGAAAAAGGAAGGGGAGGAGGAGACUGGGGGUGAGAUGGUGAGGAUGGAAGGGGAAUUGAAUAGACUGAGGGAGGAGUGUGGGGCGCUGGCAACCGCUAAGGAGGAGGUGGAUCGGGCGAGGGUGCAGGCACUGACUGAUCAUGCGAAGAUGGUGGAGGAGAUCAGGAGACUGAGGGAAGAGGCGGGGGAGAGGGCAGAGGGCACAUCGAUUGGCCGACCGACUUUGGCGGAGCAUGCAGAGAUGGUGGAGGAGGUGGAGAGAUUGAGGGCAGAAAUGAAGAAGGUUCAGGCUGUAGUCAAGAGGAGAGAAGCUGAAUCGGAUUCCAGAAACGAAUGGGGAAGGGGGAAGCAGGAGGAGCAGAGGGAGGAGGAAUCGGUGGUUGUUGGGAGUGAAUUGGAGGAUACUUUUCGGUCUGGCUUGGCAGUGGCAGGUGUGAGGAGGAUAGAGGGUGUAAGGGGGGAGGAGGGGACGGCUGGAAAACAAGUAGUUUUUUCAGCUGAAGCAGGAGGAGUAGACACAACAGCAGACACAGCAGAAGACACAUCAGCAGACACCGAAGCACUGGCAGUGGAAUUGGCAGAGUCGUUCCAUCGAGUUACUGUCGCUGAGAAUAAGUCGGAUGAGGUUGCUGCUGCUGCUGCUUCUGCUGAUGCUGCUACUAUUGCUGCUGCUGCUGCUGAUGAGCCUGCUGUCUCCUCACGAAGUGAAUCUCUUGAGACAGCAUGCCAUGCAGCUGAGGGCGAGGGUGGCAAGAAGAGGAGGCGCAGUAAGUGA